AUCGCUAUCAGAGAGAAACGUUUGCUUCGAGAUGUUACUUUUGUCGAAGCCUCAAUGGAGGAGCGAAAGUACUGAAGUGAGCAUGACAAGAGGAUAACUUCUGAAAGGUGUGGCGAAGAUGUCGGUGGAGACUGAAUCUUUGCUACAGGAGGUGAAGGAGAACAUCGAGGCAGCACAGAACUACAGGAGUGAACUACAACAGAGACUACAGGGCCUCAGCCAAGCCCGCAAACAGGUGCGGGGCAGCUCCUCUCACACACGUGAGGCUUUGCACCGGCACUUCCAGGAGCUGCAGACGAGCCUGAGCCGUGUGCUGGGCGAGCGGCUGAACUCCCUUCUGCAGGAGGUGGAUGCCAUUGAGCGGGAGAGUGUGAGCCCUCUGGAUGACUGCCAGAAGCUGAUCGAACACGGCAUCAGCGCAGCUGACGAGCUGCUCCGCGAGGGAGAGGCUGCGAUUCGCUGUGGCAUCAGUGACCGUGAGGAGAAGCUAUGUCACUUUGCUAAGAAAGCCCUGCACAUUCAGCUGGACAGCCUCCCCGAGGUGCCUGCGCUGGUCGAUGUGCCAUGUGUGUCUGCACAGCUGGACAACUCUCUGUUGCGGGUGAUGCAGGAGCAUGUGGGUCGCCAUGGCAACGUGUCUUCCCACCCGCCUGUGCAAGUUGAGGAGCUGGUGGAGAGACCAGGUAGCAUUCUGGUGCGUUGGUGCAAGGUGGAUGAAGACUUCACUCCUCAGGAGUAUCGGCUGCAGUACCGACGGAAUAACGCUGCCCAGUAUGAGGACGCAUAUGUUGGAAAGGACUGCGAGUUCCUGGUACUGCACCUGGACCCGCAGACAGAUUACCUGUUCCGUGUGUGUGCACGUGGGGAGGGGCGCACCGAGUGGAGCCCUUGGAGCAUCCCCCAGACGGGCUACACAACGCUCACACCUCACGAGUGGUGUCCAGGUGUAGAUGGCUACAUCCUGAGCAGCAGAAAGAACAUUGCCAUGCGUAGUGACUCCUCCCAGGGCUAUGGGCGGAGCUGUGUUCUCUAUUCCAGCUCCCCCACCUACUUCUGCGGACAGACCCUCACCUUCAGAAUUUCUGCAGCUGGCCAGAUGCACAGGCAUGACAGCGUGGGGGUGUGUGCAGAUAAUCAGGCUGGAGUGGAGUCUUUGCAGAGGGACCAGGCCGUCUGCAUCUCUACAAACGGUGCCGUAUUUGUUAAUGGCAAAGAGAUGACCAACCAGUUGCCGGCUGUCACUGUUGGCUCGGCCGUCACGUUUGACAUGGAGAUGGUCAGCCUGUUUUCUGUUAGCAGCAACAACAACCCCACCGAUGGGGGUACCUUCAAGCUGAGAGUAACGAUUGGUUCAGGGAACAGGGAGGUGGUGUUCGACUGGCUGCUAGAUCAGGCUGUGGACAGCCUCUUCUUUGGCUGUUCUUUUGAGCACCCUGGCUGGAAGGUGCUAGUGUUCUGAACCUGCUGCAGCACUCCUGCGAGGAUUAAAGUCCUGUCCACCGGACCCACUGCCAAACUAUAACAGCACACUCGCGUUACACCCACACUCAUCAUUUUUGGUGUCAGCUGUCCCCUGUGAACUCUGACAAUGUUUACAGCAUUUCUUUCUACUUUGAAUCAGGAUCCCCUCACAUAGUUAACAGUUCGUUACACAUUCUGAGAAUUGCGAGACAAUGGCCACUUUGCUAAACUCUCAAACCUUUUUGAUUGUACAUCUGUAUGAUUUGGUGCACAGCGUUUCCACAAAAGGUCUGUUCUUUUUAUGCUUAGUUUUUGUUUUGCCAGGAAAAGGGCAACCUGUUGCACCUGCAGGUCUGACUGCAGAAACAUGUUCUUGGUUGUCCUCAUACAAGAUGUAGAGGGAAACAGAUCAAAGGCAAGAGAGAUUCACUUCACUCUUUUGCUUGUUUUUUUCUUUGCGUUUCAAGAGAUUGUUACCCUGAUGUAAAAUGGCUUUCAUUCAUACAAACACUUUACAUUUGUAAAAUGGCCCAAAAAUUACUAGUGUGGCUAGUUUAAUUUUUGGGAGACAAAAUGUCAAAUAAAUUGGCGUGUGAGGAUUAAUACAUCAGUUCCAAUACAUACAGGUUCGACACCUUGCUGGAAUGUUGGCAUCAGGUUUUCACCAGUUAUGGUGACUGAUUUUGGCAACUCUGUCCUUGAAUAUGCAGAUUGGUGUUAGUGGUACUAACUGCAAAAUCUAGGAGCUUUUAGUUGAACUCUGCUUAUGAUGUGCAGUUAACUUUACCUGCUGAUGCGCUGUAGUUAAACAGGGGUCAGUAUGGGAUUAAAGAAAUCAGAGGCCUUGGAACACUCAGUACCUUAAGAAGCAGGAAUGACCUUGUCCAGAGAGGCUUUAAAAAGGUACUUGGAAAAGCACAUUAUACCUGUGAAGAGCAGUCUGUGUGUGAACAUGGCUGUAAAAUUGUGAUGGCUAAAUGCAAGUUUUACCUCAUUUUUUUUUGUGCCUUUCGAAUACACCUGUAAAGAUGCACGUAAACAUUUUUGCCACAUAAUAAUAAAUACCUAUAGUAAACAUUG